UGACAUCCCGGGGUUCCCCUGCCGCCCCUCUCUCCUUCCCUGGGCUCCUCACCCCGCCUGGAAGGGCGCAGCUCAAUCCCCUUUUUAUAUCAAGCAGCUCCAUUCAUACUGGUUGAAUAUUAUUCCGUUUCUCUGUGAGCCCCAAGUGCAGAUGCCUCCUUGCUGCAGCUGAAGGCUUCCCGUCCUCCCUCUUCCUUGCAGAUCCAUUUCAGCCACUGGACUGGGAAUCGCACAGGAUCUACAGCAGCUUCACCUGACAUCAGCCCAGCCUCCAGCAGCCCCCCAGCAGCCUCCUGCGGCCCUCCAGCAGCACCUCCUUGGCUAUUUCAGGGACCCUUCAAUUUUUAAAUGCCUUUCCCUAUCAUGAGGAGGAUUCUGAGGAUUCCCAAUCGUUCAGUACUGGCCAUCCUCUUCCUCUUCUCAUUGUCCUCUUCUUUCCUCUACUUCAUCUAUGUUGCCCCUGGAAUCGUUAACACUUACCUGUUCAUGAUGCAAGCCCGUGGGAUCAUUAUUCGAGAGAACAUGCGGACAAUCGGGGCUCAGGUGUACGAGCAAGUAGUCCGCAGUGCAUAUGCCCGGAGGAACAGCAGCAUCAAUGAUACAGAUUACGGACUUGAUUUCAAUCACAGUGAAUCCUAUCUCCAAACAACCACGUUUCUACCUGAAGAUUUCACCUACCUGCCCAACCAAUCUUGCCCCGAACGACUCCCAUCAAUGAAAGGGCAAAUGGAAGUGAACAUGAGCGAGAUUCAGAUGAGCGACGUCCGGCAGAUGUUUGCCAAUGGCGGAAUCCAGAUGGGAGGCCAUUGGAAGCCCAGUGACUGCAUCCCGCGAUGGAAGGUGGCGAUUCUCAUCCCGUUCCGAAAUCGGCACGAACACCUCCCGGUUCUUUUCAAGCACUUGAUACCGAUGCUUCAGAGACAGCGCUUGCAGUUUGCCUUUUAUGUAGUAGAGCAGGCGGGCAACCAGCCUUUCAACCGUGCCAUGCUAUUUAAUGUCGGCUUUUUGGAAGCAAUGAAGGACCUUGACUGGGACUGCCUAAUAUUUCACGACGUGGAUCAUAUACCAGAAAGCGAUCGGAAUUAUUACGGCUGCGAGCACAUGCCGAGGCACUUUGCCGCCAAGCUGGAUAAAUACAUGUACCUGUUGCCGUACAAUGAGUUCUUUGGUGGCGUGAGUGGUUUAACGGUGGAACAGUUUCGGAAAAUCAACGGUUUUCCCAAUGCUUUCUGGGGCUGGGGAGGCGAAGAUGACGACCUUUGGAAUAGGGUACAAUACGCAGGAUACACUGUGACGCGGCCAGAGGGAGAUAUCGGAAAAUAUAAAUCUAUACCCCAUCAUCAUCGGGGGGAAGUCCAGUUCCUUGGAAGGUACGCAUUGCUACGAAGAUCCAAAGAAAGGCAAACCAUGGACGGCCUCAAUAACUUGAACUAUUCCCCAAAUAUCACCUACAACACCUUCUAUAAGAACAUAACAGUACAUUUGACGCCGGAGCUGGCUCUGGUGAGCGAUUAUUAGGCACCGCAGAGACCUCCAAGCGCCUGCAUUGUACUUUUUUUGCCAAGAAAAAGAGCAAGAGAUUCACUCUUAACUGAGGACAACAGCAAAAAAACAAACAGAAAAAUAUUUCAAAAUUUACAUAAACAAAGAAAAGGAUUGUUGUCGAGCAACAGACUGUGCGUCAUUUCAAGGAGAACUAAACUUCGUGGUCAAGACUUGAGUGUGCAUUUUCCGGGAAAAAAAAAAAUGCCAGUUGCUGCUUUUGAUUUUUUUUUUUUUUAUUUCCUUUUUUUUUUAUAUUAUUAUUUCAAUUAUUUUGUGUUCAAGUCAAAUGCGUGGGGGAAAAAAAACACAAAUUUCUAACAUUCUUACUGUGAUCCUGACUGGUCGGCCCGUAGCUCCCCAGAGCUACAUUUUAAUCCUUUUUUUGGACCGCAUUGGGAAUAUAAGGAGAUCCAUUCGGCAGCUCAAUCAAACGUCGAUCAAAUGUCAUCGUUUAAAAGAGAAAAAAAAAAAAAAAAAA